AUAAUGCGCAGGCACAUCUAUUAAACCGUUAUGUAUGUUCGUUAACACUUCAAUGUGUGACUACCCGACAAAACAUAACAAAAUUAUUUGAUGUGUGUCACCAGUUCACAAAAUAUUGUCAACAGUAAAGGCAAGGUUUACUGUGUCUGUAAGGUGAUCUCGUUGGUAGGUAACUAACGCAGCAGUAAGAGACGCGCUUUGGAGCGCACCGCUUGCGCCCGUAGAUGACGCAGAAAUAGUUUUUUUUUAAAUAAUACGACUAUACUUUGUUAUUAUUCACUGUGAUAACAAAAAAAAAUGGUGCCAAAGUACUGAAUAUCCGUAGACAAUCCUGUUUCUACGACUAGUUUUUUUUUUUUCGAGUGAAAGGACCAGUCGCAACAAACUUCUUCACCGUGUUUAUAUUGAGGUGGAAGUAGACUAGGGAAGAAUCGAGUUACGUGAUACGAUUGGUGGCUAUUUAUCAACACUUGUAAAAAUACAAAAUGGAUGAAAUCAAAAGUGCAAGUUGGACAGAAGGUAACGAUCUGUUCAAACCAACGGAAGAACCUAGCAUAUCGAUGAUAGCGGAAGAAGUCCCGACUCUAACUGUGGCCACUAUUCUUGGAGUUACCAUUGUCAUACUCAUCGCUAUAGUUGUAGUUUUCGUUUUAGGCGUUCUUAUUGACUGGCGACAGCAGCGACUACUUAGUAAGAAGAUGGUUGAAGUAAAACGAAUGAAAAAUCAUAAAAGAGUCAAUACAUACCCUGAUGCGGAUGUGGUCAGCAUAGCGAACAACAUGGAGGAAGAAGGCAUAAGUACGCCACCAGCAGAAGCUCUCAAGCACAUACCGUAGUACCAGUAAAAUUAGCAAUUGAUAUCAAUUCACCAAAAGUCUCAAAUGUUUGACUAAGAGUGUAAAGCUCUAGUUUUAUCAUCAUUUAUAAUACGGCUUAAUUUAAAUAUACAUUUAAGCCGAAUUUCUUCUAACUAUUUUUGAUAAAUCAAUAUUAAUGUUUGUAUCAUGAUUUGUAAUAACUAUAUUGGAAUAGAAUUAUUGGGAAAUUCAUGAUCAUCGAUUGAUUAAUUUUGUUUUUUGUUUGAAAAAAUUUAAGUGAGAUUUAGAGGUCUGGAGACCACGGGGCAAAAAAUGGCUCCCUUUUUAAUUUAUUUUCCUAAAAAAACCUUAAUUAAUUGAAUUAGUUUUUCACCAAAUGAAAAUAUUUUUACUUCUUAUACAUCUUUUAUACGGUAUAAAUUUUACUUUUUCUUUUCUUUAAUUCUUAUAUUUAUUUAUAUAAAAAACCUUUUAACAAAUAUAUGGCGUAUCUAUCUACACGUACACACAUUAUGAGUGUUUACUCGUCGGAAGUAAGACUAUUUAAAAAAAUCUAUUGUGAGGGCUCUCUCUCUCUUGUUUGCUCUUGUGUCCUCUGCUUUGGAUCCUCUAAAUCCAGCCCUUUUUAUUACGUACAUUGUUAAUGAAAAAUAUAAUUUGACUUUAUGUAAGAAGUGAAAGGUAUCUUAGUUUUACUUAUUUUAAUAGAUGCAUGGGACCAAUGAAGUUGCACUGUUUUUUAUGUAAUUAUUAUUAAAAAAACUUACAAUUCACCAAAAACGUUUCCUUCCAAAAGUUUACUUUAAGUAUAGUAAUAAGCAAUUAUUUUGAUAAAGUAAAGUAUUUUUCACUAAUAGAAUCUGAAUUUAAAUGUUUUGUGAUAUUAUUUAAUUUGACUAUAAAAUGUAGAUUGAUUUAAUAGAUAACAUUAUUUAAA